GCAUCGGCAAGCUCCGGAUGUCUCAGCCGCAGCGCUGCUAGAGAGUGUAGACCGGCAGGCCUACGUGCUGUCACGAGGUACUUUCAUGGCCGGCCGGCGUGGCUCAGAGGUACUGGUGGAACUGAAGCGCUCCACGAAUCAGCUGUAUGGCGACGUGGCAAAGGUGAAGUUGCGCUUACCCGAAAGCGCCCACCGUGCUUGUGAUGUCUUGCAGUCCGAGCUGCAG